AGCUAAACUGAAAGUUAGCCAACACUGGAUAGACGUUGCUUGUCUGAAACAUUUUUCCGGGUGCCGAAAAUAUUUGGUUAAUUCGCGAAAAUUAAAAUAAAAACUAAGCCAAACACGCAAUAUCUUAUCUUAUUUGGAAAGUGCUCUGCUCUGUGAGAAGUUUGUCGCCAUUCUCACAGUCCAAACAGAACUAAAGCGUGCAACGGCAUCUGUGGAGGACCCGGCGAGAAUUGGCAUUUUCUUGACACAUCGCAAUUCAAUAAAAAAUAAACAAAACCAUGGAAGAAAUACGUAGCAGCAUGGACAACAUAAUGGACCGCUUUAAUAACAGUAUCACGCAUUCGGCGCCUAAAAAACUUUUUGAUAGGCUGUCUACAUCUUACAACGACGAGAUGACCGUAAACUUGCCCAAGAAACGCCGCAUAGAGACGCCGGAUUCGGCUUUUACUAACUUGAAUACCAGCUCCGGUUCCUUAAAUAGUUCUGUGACGGAUCCACUAGGCUCAUGGCAGACAAGUAAAUUACGGGCAGAGUUGAUUGAGUCCAAGGCGAUUGUCUCUCAGUUGCAGCGGGAUAUGGAGCGAGAGGCAAAAGAAUAUCGCAGCGAACUGGCCAUAUCCGAGAGCAAGGCUGCUGCCUUGAAAGAGCAAUGCGACUACACUAGCGCCAAAAUGCAGGAGCUGGAGAAGCAUCUGCAAGUUGUACGUAAACGGGAACAAGUGGCCUCUGAAUCGGCAAGUCGUGCCAAUGUUGAAUUGGCCCAGCAAAAGACUAAAUACGAGGCAAUUAUUAAUCAACUGGAAAAAACCAAAAUGCAACAAGAGGGCGAUGCCCGUGAUGUUCAUUUGUGCAUUGGCAACGAGCUAAACGAGUAUCGUCGUCUGGCCCAGAGAGCCAAUCUGGAAUUGCAGUCUACGCGUAAUGAAUUGGAGCGUAUACAGCGUCGCCAUGAUGAGUACAAAGCUAGAAUAUCCAAUUAUGAAGAGCUAAAAUCCAAUUAUGAGAAGCAACAGCAUAGCCUAAAGACAGCCAAUGAACGUAUCAAGGAGCUUGAGUACGAAAUACAAUCCUAUAACGACUGGAAGGAGGUGACCAAAGCCAGUCAAGAUCGUUUGGCCAGUAUUCCAGAUAUGCAGGCUGAGCUCGACCGGCUACGUGGCCAUAACAAACACUUGAAUUCUCUCAUUGGUGACAAAUUAUUGCUAGAGGAGCAGGUGCAUCAUUACAAGACGCGACUGGAGAAAGAAGAGGGAGCCCGAGCAGAGGCAGCCAGCCUACAGGUGAAACUCUCACAUGUGGAACAGGAGCUAAAAGAGUGGGUUAAAAUAGCGCAGGAUCAUUGCUUGGCCAAUACCUUGGUUAGCCCAAUUGCCUUACGUGCUCGCAUCGAGCAGCUGCUACAAGAGGAUAUUGUUCAUGUGGCCGAAAAGACAUCCUCUGAGUCGGAUAGCAAGCAUCUACACUCGACCAUCAAAGAUCUGGAACAAAAGUGCGCCGCCUAUCUGAAGAAUAUCGAGGACCUUAACAUUGGUCUAAAGCGACAUAAGAACUUCAAGGAACGCUUGCAGCGAAAACUCAUCAUUGUGUCCAAGGAGCGUGAUUUUUAUAAACAGCUGUUGGAGAAUUUCGACAAGGAUCAAACUCUGAAUAACACCAGCGCCGCAGAUAUGACCCAAGAUAUGCAUGUGCGUCAUCGCAUUGAGGUUUUGGAGCGCACUGUCACAGGUUACAAAGACAUUUGUGCCACAUUGGAGCGCGAAAUUCAGGCUAUGCGUCAGCAGGAGCAAUUGCACGAACCCACCAACGAGGGCUAUGACAGUGUUAAGAAGGAAUUGGAUACAUUGCGAUUGGAGAACGAAAGACUGCGUCGUCGCAAGGAUGAACUGGAAUUGGAGAUGGUGAAUCGCAGUCUACGUGGCACUGACACGGCCAACCACAAGGUGGUCCAUCUUAGUCAAAAUCCCGCUGCCGAGGCAUAUGAGUGUUCCAAAAAUAUGAUGGAAAAACUUCAGGCGGAAAUCGAGCGACUGAAGCGACGAAUUAAGAAAAUGGAGGAGGACAGUGAACAGGCGACUACCACCGACAUUACCUCCGCUUCGGCUGGCAUGACAAUGAACUUUAAGGAACUCAAUCAAAUGCGAGCCGAUCUGGAAUCCGCCAAUGCUAAAAUGCGUAAAAUGAAGGAUUGCUUUAAAGCCGCUGGCAAGGAAUUCCGUGAUGUCGUCUAUAUGCUGCUGGGCUAUAGAGUGGAUCGCAUGGGAGCCAAUAGCAACUAUCGCAUUUCCAGUAUGUAUGCAGAGAACCCAACGGAUUACUUUGAUAUUACCCUGAGUGAAUCCAAUUGCCUUGCCCUGCUCGAGUCACCGUACUCGCAGACGCUGAAGCCAGCGAUAGAUCAACAAUUGGCUGCCAAUAAUUCAUUCCCCGCAUUUUUCUCCUCUCUUACACUGGAGUUAUUCCAACGCUCCACAGUCACAAUAACCUCCUGAAAAUCAAAAGCAUCAGUAUAGUUCAUAAAGGGAAUGAUGAAGCUGACUUUCGCCAACCCAACAUAUUUUAUUUCUUUGGGUUUAAUUUUACUUUAGUUGGUAAACAAAUAAUAAAUACAUUUAUAUAUAUA